AUGCAGCGCGAGCAGCCCAAGAUCAGUGCCAAGCGGGCCGCAGUCAAGGCCGUCAAAGACUUGAGCCUCCUGCAGAAGGAGAAGCCCAAGCAAAAGAAGAGUGCUGGCAAACAGCUGGAUUCGACACUCAACUGGAUGCGGGACUGGUCUACUGGCCUCGUCGUCGGGCAGCAGAAGGACUCGGACUUUGGUGCUUCCGCGAUGGCGGGGAUUGUCGAGGACCUUGCCGUCGCUGCGCCGCCCACGACCAUCCUGGACACUCGGGAGGAGCUCCCAACAGGCACGCCAGAGACUUUUAUGGCCUACAUCCAGCGAGACAUCAACUGCCUGGCUGAGGACACGAUGAACGUCCGCCUGCAGUCGCUUCAGAAGUUGGAGCGGAUUCUCGUGCGGCAGGGUGACAUCCUAGCAACAGACGUGGUGGACGCUGUCUUCGAUGCGAUGCUCAAGCCUACUGUAAUUCUCCGAAUCAUCUCGAUCGAGCCUAUCAAGGACAAGAGCGAGAAAUGUCGCGAGCUGGCCGUGAAGAUUCUCCGCAGUCUGGUGGAGAAUACUUCUGACCUCGCCGCGGCACUGUGCAGCCCGAUCCAGAUCUACUCCUAUAUUGAUGAGGCGACAGGUCUCAUCCGUGCGCAAGCGAUGGAUCCGUUCCACGGGGUCAAGGCCCUGGCUUGCGACACCAUGGUGACGUUCUGCUACAACAACAGAGAAAUGCUACUGCACUUUGCGCUGCCGCUGGCCCGCUCACUGACGUCCUGCCUCACCCACAACCAUGCCAAGCUGCGGAUCGCUGGCUUGCGUGCUAUCACCGCUUGCCUCUUCUGUGGUGUGUGGAAGCACAACUUCGAGAUUUUCGAGGUGCUCAUGGCAUGGCAGGACCCAAACAAGGUUCCGAUAAAGGCGUUCUACGAGGGCGUAACGAAUGUCAACUACAUGUCCACCUUGAGCUUCGAUCGCCACCCGGCAGUGCGCCGGUUUUGGUUCGAAACACUCGCGUACUGGAUGAUACGAUGUGUGGACAAGGUGGACCUGGAGCCGUACAUAGCUCCUUACCUGCUGACGGGCUUGUGCGACGAGAAUGAGGAGAUCGCCUUGGAGGUCUUCUGGCUCAUCGAGCGCAUCGGUGAGGCCUACGAGGAGGAGCACGAGGAGGACCUGCGGAAAACGAAGCAGUAUGGCUUCGAUUAUACCUGGACCUACAGCGGGCGGGCGUUUGUGCCGUUUCCGCUCCAGGGCAUCUGGGGCGGCGGCUCCUCUGUUCCGCGGCACAUCAGGCGCACCGGCGCCCAGGGGCCGGAUUUUCUUGGCCACCGCCCGCUGCCCGAGCAUCAGCAUCGGGAGCAGUUGGCAAGCGAGGUGGAGGAUCCUGACGAGGAUGCCAUGGACCCGCAGGACCGCCGGGCCUUGGGGACGCGGGCGGAGCUUCCGAGCCGUGACAGUUGCUGGCCAGAGUUUCGGGAUCUGGCUGUGUACCGCCGGCUGCCGCGGCCGCGGCUGGGCUCGCGAUCUUGGGUGCGAACCCACAGCCGGCGCUUCAUCAAGGCCACCUUCAAUGACGUCGUCGAUUUUCGUGACUGCACGUCCUUGAACGCCGGCCGCUUGCUGUGCAUGUCUCUAGCCUACACCGAAGAAGGGGUCACCGAGUGGCUGCAGCCCAUGAUGGCGGCGCUGGUCAAGUUUUACUCCGGACGGGCCUGGGCAGCUGCGGAUGCCAGGGCCAUGCAGACCUACAGCACCGUCUGCAAGCUGCUCGGGGCGCUCCUGGAGCCAACUUCUCUCUGGACGCAGCUGAGGGGAGCCCUGGACGCAGACUCGACCAUG